CACAGAUUGAAACAUUCUGAAAUGCUCAACUCAAGUGCAAAUACUUCAGCCAACCACUGUAUUUACAACACAAUAGUAACCAAGCAAGUCAUCCCACUAGCAUACAGUUUCAUUUUCAUAGGAGGAUUCCUGCUAAAUGGCACAGCAGCAUGGAUUUUCCUGCACGUUUCUAGCAAAAAAAGUUUUAUUGUCUAUCUCAAGAACAUUGUUGUUGCUGACCUCAUCAUGAGCCUGACUUUCCCUUUCAAAAUUCUUGCCGAUACAGAAAUUGGGCCUGGGCAACUCAACUUCUUUGUGUGCCGAUAUUCAGCUGUUGUCUUUUACUUAAAUAUGUAUAUUGGAAUAGCAUUUUUUGGCCUCAUAGGUUUUGAUAGGUACUACAAAAUUGUAAAGCCUGGGUUUACAUCCUUUGUUCACACAGUAAAUUACAGCAAGAUCAUCUCCAUAGUCAUAUGGGUAUUGCAAAUGUUUUUAGCAUUGCCCAAUAUUAUUUUAACUAAUGAGUCUCCAAAAGAGAGAAAUCCCAAAAACUGUAUGAGUCUCAAAAGUGAAUUAGGUAUAUACUGGCAUGAGGCUUCAAGCUUUAUUUGUGUAGGAAUUUUUUGGAUUGUGUUUUUUCUAUUAACCAUUUUUUACAGUUUGAUAUCAAGAAAAAUAUACAAUUCCUACAAAAAGUUCAGGAGGAAUUCAGAAGCAGCUAAGAAAAAAACCAAUCGUAACAUAUUCAGUAUCAUGUUCGUGUUUGUCAUUUGCUUUGUCCCAUAUCAUCUCUGUAGAAUUCCAUACACACUAAGCCAAACCGGAUCAGACUACACCUGUCAGUCAAAAAGACCUCUGUUCUAUGCAAAGGAAUUCGCUUUGUUACUGUCUGCUGCAAAUGUAUGCCUUGAUCCUAUUAUUUAUGUCUUUCUCUGUCAACCCUUUAGAGAAAAAUUAUAUCAAAAACUGAAUCUUAAGUUGGGAGCUACAGGUGAUGCAGAAAAUUCUAGAUCUAGAAGGUCAAACACACUUCGUGAAAGUAUAAAUAUUACAUAAAUUCAGAGAUCUCUUGUGAUAAUAAUGUUGAAAAAUACUGAAGAUUGUAUAUGGUUAAUAACUGAAUUGAAUAAAUAAAAAGCACAUGCAAGAACAAAUAAGAUUUCAAUAUAAUAAGCAGUUUACCUAUUUUAUUUCCUACAAUAUACCAUACCUGUACUUAUACUCUACUUCAAUUUACUUCAUCCUGUAAUAUGAUAGAGUAAGUGAUCUUUCUGUAUUUAAGGAGGACAAAAUAAAAUUACUUGAUUUGAAUCCUGGAGCAUGCCACGUAAGUAGCUAGAACUAAGAAUAGACCAAGAAGCAGCUACAUCUUGUUAAACUCCUGGGAAACCAACCAAGAGCAAAAACGAAAAAACACACCUGGCAGGAUGCAACUGAGACCAGCUGAGUAGCUCAACUCAAGACCUGCACAUUCUCAGGUAGUGCUAACUUUGGCAGAAACCCAUCUGCAGAAGCCAGCAGGGCCAAGCCAGUGCACUCAGGCCCUGGAAGGAAGAAAGUGCCCUGCAUUGAUAUAACAAAACAAAGACCUGAGAAUGCCAAAAGGGGCUCCAACAAACUUCAAGAGAGGGUGAAAGAAGAGACAAAGAAUAAAAGGUGAAAAGCAGCUUAAAUCCUUAAGGUUCCACCUAGAGCUUAGAGAACCCUUGUUAGGUUAUGAGACAAGAAGAAAUUUUAAAAGUUUAUGAAAAUCUAUUUGUAACUCUUAGAGAAAAAUCUUUAUUCAAUAAGAAUGAAACCACACACUUUUACAGGCUCUUAUACAAGCUGUAGCCUGUAAAAGAAAAAGUAAAAUCUUCUGGUUUUUGUUUUUC